GGGAGGCUGGAGGAUGGCGUGUUGUGUCGCUGUCCCAAGGGCUAUGGUGGCCUGUUCUGUAACAGGAAAGCACGUACCAAGUGUGAGCGUCAGCGUGCGAUGUCGGAGGAUGCGAUGGACACAAUGCGAGGCCGGUUGGAGAUGCCAGGGUUUGACAGCCGUGGCGUGGAGGACCUGGUUCGAGCUCUGGUCAAUCUAGCUGGAGACGAUAACAUUAUGCUGCCCAACUGUACAGAGGCGGGAUUCUAUGACAAAGUCCAGUGUGUGGCAUCUCUGAGCAACCUGGAAGAGAAGACGUGCUAUUGUGCCGACCACCAUGGUGAAUACAUCUCCAGCAACAUUCAGCCCUACAUCGGAUACGACACCUGCACAGAGUGGUUCUGAAGCCGACAUGUAACGCGGACGGGAGCUUCCACCCCGUGGUGUGUGACCACGACAUUGUCACUGACACACGCAUCGCCUGCUACUGUUGGGGCGCAGCCGGACCCGUCAUCGCUACCGAGGCGGCUACGCCAGAGCUGACCAACUGCUCCAGGCUGGAGGAGGCGUGCACAGAGCUAGAGGCCUGCCCUAACCUCAAGUGUGCCUACGGACAUCAGCGGAACACCCUGCACUGUCCUAUAUGCCAGUGCCGCAACCCCUGUCAG